GAGGCAGAGAUCCUCCGCUCAGCGAUGUGCAGGCUCGGUCUACAGAGACAGCUGGUUGAAGGCUAGGGGCCAGGGCGCCAGUGAUUUUGGUCAGGAGCCGUGAGGCUAGGUUGUGUCAGACUAGGACCAGCUUUAGCACGCUAGCUAUUUCCUCUGCCAUGUCAGAGGAAUAACUUGGCACCGAACUCUGCUUGUUUUGCCGUGUUUCUUGGCACUGACACGAUGGCUCUCUGUCUGGCCCAAUCUCUAUGCUGCUAAUUGUCAACCUGGGUUUUUCUCUCGACUUCUGGAAAAAUGGCAGUGGAGGAGGGAGCAGAGUUCCUAGAGCCAUCUGACAGCAAGGCCAGUUACCUGAGAGCAGCCCGUGCCGGCAAUCUGGAGAAGGCUCUGGACUACCUAAAAACCGGGGUCGAAAUCAACAUCUGCAACCAGAAUGGCUUCACUCCUCUCUACAUGGCAGCACAGGAGAAUCAUCUGGAGGUGGUCAGAUACCUGCUGGACAAUGGCUCCACACAGAGCAUCGCCACUGAGGAUGGCUUCACCCCCCUGGCAGUGGCCCUGCAGCAGGGCCACGACCAGGUGGUGUCUCUGCUGUUGGAGAACGACACCAAGGGCAAGGUCCGCCUCCCAGCACUACACAUCGCAGCCCGGAAAGACGACACCAAAGCUGCUGCUCUCCUGCUACAGAACGACUACAAUGCAGAUGUGGAGUCCAAGGUCUCGUUCCCAGGCACAAGCAGGGUGUGUAUGCAGGCAGUGGUGGAGUAUCUAUACACCAAUCAGUUGUGUCCCAUGGCAGAGCUGGACCCGAUGGAGCUGGCAGCCCUGGCCAACCGGCUGUGUCUCCCUCGACUCACAGCCCUCACAGAGCAAUACGCUGUGAGCGAGCUGAUUAGAGCUUCCAAAGAAGGACAGGAUAUAGAUGGAGAGGUGCUCACCUAUCUGGAGCUGGCUCAGUUCCACAAUGCUAACCAGUUAGCAGCUUGGUGCUUACAUCACAUAUGCACUCAUUACAACACUGUCUGUUCCAACUACCGCAAAGAGAUCAAGUCCAAAUCUGUAGAGAACCAUGAGUAUUUCGAGAAGCACCGCUGGCCGCCGGUUUGGUACCUGAAGGAGGAGGACCACUACCAGCGCGUGAGGAAGGAGAGGGAGAAGGAGGACGUGGUUCUCAACAAACACCACAGCAGACGACGCUGGUGCUUCUGGAGCACCUCGCCCGCUGUGGCCUGAGGCGAGGGUCCGAGUGGCUGUACGCGUCGCCGUGCCCUUCCCCGAACCCUCCCCGGGGAUUUGCCUCUGUCUCCCGCCUUGUGCCCCACCCCCCAUCCCCCCGCCCACCCCACAGAGGCCUCCCCACAUGCUGCGUCGACGUUUCACAAGGUUAUUUAUAUUCUAUGCCACGGCUCAGAGGAUCCAUUUGAUGUUGCACCGUAAUGUCCUCCUUUUGUUUGGGUCCACAUGAUCAACCUUCACGUGGUUUGAAGCACAACACCAGUGUCAGAACAUUCAGGGCCAUGAGAUUAGGCUGGUUACUUUAACUGCUGUUUUCUGUAGUGGCUGUCUGGAGGUCAAUUAGUUGUUGUUUGUGAGGUUUAUUAUUCUGUUUGUAUGUCCUCCUCACAGCCGAGGAUUAUAGUUCAGAGUUUAGGAGCUUCAGCUAACAGGCUUAGAGCCUAUGGGGAGUCAAGUUUCUUGGAUUCAGUCCAGAUUCUGCCCUCUUUCUCUGUUUUAAAUAAGUCAUCACAGUGCUUAACUUAAUGCUAAACUAACACGAUCAGCUAUACUGCUAUCAUAUAAGAUUGUAGACCGUGAAGACAAGCGCUGUUGAACCUGUCAACGUAGUGUGUGCUGUUAGUCAUGUAACAUUGUGCAUGUACAGUUUACUGUGAUUGUUGAUGUGUUCUGCAGUCACUACAACACCAUCCCAUGAUCUAGGUUUGAAUUUGUAACGAUGCAAUAAUAAUUCUUAAUCUGCUGAAACAUAGAUGGGCCUUCAUGGAAUUAUAAGCAAAAUACCCUAUGAGCAAAGGAUGUUGAAAAGACACGGUUAACAUCUAGUGCUCACUGGUAUACCAAUCUAGUUCCAGGGAUAAACAGAGCUUGUCUGUGUUAACUAACUAACUCUUAUUAAUUUUCUAUUAACGGUUUUCCGUUAUUGUAGCACAGUAUUGAUCACUGUGUACUGGUUCUAACAGGUCUCUAAUUCUAACUUGAAGGGCUUCAGCACUAUGGAGUAGUUCAGGGUUUCCUAGACAUGGACCUAAUAACAACAACCACCACAUCUUAUUAUACUGUCAUAUAUUACUAUAACAACCGUUGUCGUGGUAGCGGUUAAAUACAUACUAUAGAUUGUAACUUUGUUCAGUGCUCACAAGAUUGUCACGAAACCUGGAACGAUGUGCUACAGCGUUCCACUGUGAAUAUGACACUGGUGACGGUAAUAAAAAUUACUUGGUUUUCA